AUUCAAUUCCUUUAACAGCACCACUUGAUUAACUUGGCAACCAUCUCCUCCCUAUUCCUUUAACAGAUUGACCAGGAAAUGGAUUCCUAAUUCAUUGGUCUUGCACAGUCAACACUCGCCGCUGUCUCCGUUCUUCUUCAUCAAUGGCUGCUACUAACCUUCUGUCUCACUCUUCUUCUCUUCCCAAAACCCUAAAACAACCAUUAAGGAGGAACCCAUUUGCUCAAGUUCCUAUCUUGACGCUCAAGCGCACGAGAAAUCCCCAAAAGCCUCUCUCACUCAAAGCUGUUCUCUCCCAAAACCCUACCAAAACCUCGACCCAAGAGUCGCCGGCAUUUCAACACUGCUUCACCAAAUCCUCAGAUGGGUUCCUCUACUGUGAGGACACGAAGGUGCAGGACAUCAUGGAGGGGCUGGAGAAGAGGCCAUUUUAUCUGUAUUCCAAGCCGCAGAUUACUAGAAAUGUUGAGGCAUACAAAGAGGCUCUUGAGGGAUUGAACUCGAUUAUUGGGUACGCGAUUAAAGCUAACAACAAUUUUAAGAUCUUGCAGCAUCUGAGGAAGUUGGGUUGUGGGGCUGUGCUUGUUAGUGGAAAUGAACUCAGGUUGGCUCUUCGUGCUGGAUUUGACCCAACAAGGUGUAUAUUUAAUGGAAAUGGAAAGCUUUUGGAGGACUUGGCACUAGCUGCCCAAGAAGGUGUUUUUGUGAAUGUUGACAGUGAAUUUGAUUUGGAGAAUAUUGUAGCGGCAGCAAGGAUAGCUGGCAAGAAGGUUAAUGUGUUACUUCGUAUCAACCCCGAUGUGGACCCUCAGGUGCAUCCAUAUGUUGCAACAGGGAACAAGAAUUCUAAAUUUGGUAUAAGGAAUGAGAAGUUGCAAUGGUUUCUGGAUGCUGUGAAGACACAUCCUAAUGAGCUCAAGCUUGUAGGGGCCCAUUGCCAUCUUGGUUCAACCAUUACCAAGGUGGACAUAUUCCGGGAUGCUGCUAUUCUUAUGGUUAACUACAUCGAUGAAAUCCGAGCUCAAGGCUUCGAAGUUGAUUACCUAAACAUUGGAGGUGGUUUAGGGAUUGAUUACCAUCAUACUGGUGCAGUCCUUCCUACACCAAGAGAUCUCAUUGACACCGUACGGGAGUUGGUCCUCUCAAGAAAUCUUAAUCUUAUCAUUGAACCUGGGAGAUCACUUAUUGCAAAUACUUGUUGCUUGGUUAAUCAUGUUACUGGAGUCAAAACUAAUGGAACAAAAAAUUUCAUUGUGAUUGAUGGCAGCAUGGCUGAACUUAUCCGUCCUAGUCUUUAUGGUGCUUACCAACACAUAGAACUGGUUUCUCCAUCUCUACCUGAUGCAGAGAUCUCCGCUUUUGAUGUGGUGGGCCCUGUUUGUGAGUCUGCAGAUUUCUUGGGGAAAGAUAGAGAACUUCCAACCCCAGCUAAGGGAGCUGGCCUUGUUGUACAUGAUGCGGGAGCUUACUGCAUGAGCAUGGCGUCAACUUACAAUCUCAAGAUGCGCCCUCCUGAGUACUGGGUGGAAGAAGAUGGGCAGGUGACCAAGAUCCGGCAUGGGGAGACAUUUGAAGACCAUAUGCGGUUCUUUGAAGGUCUGUGAGUUAAAACAUUAGCCAGUAGGAGGUUUGAAGCUUGUCUUGAUUUACAAUCCUUAUGAAUGCUUAUCCAUCUGAAUAUUUAUCUAUUUGGUUGCUUUGGAAGAUAACAUGUUUGAAAGGUAAGUUUUCGAUAAAAGCUACUAUUAUAU